UCUCAGAAGCCGGCAAUGACCGCCCGCGCCCUCCUCGCGGGUGGGCUUCGGGACCCCGGGCUCUGCGCCCCCACGCGGGAGACUCCGUCUCCGCCCGGCCUUCCCCGGACGCCGUCCCGGCCCCGGCCUCUGCUCCGGCCCCGGCCUCUGCUGCGCCCCCUGCUGCUGCUGCCGCUGCUGCUCCUGCCGCGCCCCGCCCUCUCCGCUGUGUUCACAGUUGGGGUGCUGGGCCCCUGGGCCUGCGACCCCAUCUUCGCCCGUGCCCGCCCGGACCUGGCCGCCCGCCUGGCCGCCGCCCGCCUGAACCACGAAGCUGCCCUGGAGGACGGCCCCCGCUUCGAGGUCGCGCUGCUGCCCGAGCCGUGCCGGACGCCGGGCUCGCUGGGGGCGGUAUCCUCCGCGCUCACCCGCGUCUCGGGCCUCGUGGGGCCGGUGAACCCCGCAGCCUGCCGGCCGGCGCAGCUACUAGCUCAAGAGGCGGGGAUCGCCCUGGUUCCCUGGGGCUGCCCCGGAAUGCGGGCGGCGGGCACCACGGCUCCCGCGGUGACGCCCGCGGCGGAUGCGCUCUACGCCCUCCUGCGCGCGUUCCGCUGGGCGCACGUGGCCGUGGUCACCGCCCCCCAGGACCUGUGGGUGGAGGCGGGACGCGCACUUUCCACGGCGCUCAGGGCCCGGGGUCUGCCCGUUGCCCUGGUGACCUCUAUGGAGCCCUCGGACCUGUCUGGAGCCCGGGAGGCCCUGAGGAGGGUCCAAGGUGGACCCAGAGUCAGAGCAGUGAUCAUGGUGAUGCACUCGGUCCUGCUGGGCGGUGAGGAGCAGCGCUGCCUGCUGGAGGCUGCAGAGGAGCUGGGCUUGGCUGAUGGGUCCCUGGUCUUCCUGCCCUUCGACACGCUGCACUACGCCUUGUCUCCAGGCCCGGACGCCUUGGCCGUGCUCGCCAACAGCUCACAGCUUCGCAAGGCCCACGAUGCUGUGCUCACCCUCACGCGUCACUGUCCCCCGGGAGGCAGCGUGCUGGACAGUCUGCGCAGGGCCCAAGAGCAUCAGGAGCUGCCCCCUGACCUCAAUCUGCAGCAGGUAUCCCCUCUCUUCGGCACCAUCUAUGACUCGGUCUUCUUGUUGGCCGGGGGCGUGGCGCGAGCGCGGGCGGCCGCAGGUGGCGGCUGGGUGUCCGGAGCAGCCGUGGCCCGCCACGUCCGGGAUGCCCAGGUCCCCGGCUUCUGUGGGGCCCUGGGAGGAGCCGAGGAGCCCUCCUUUGUGCUGCUGGACACGGAUGCAGCUGGGGACCGGCUGUUCACCACAUACGUGCUGAACCCCACCCGGGGCUUCUUCCGCUCCGCCGGAACCCCGGUGCAUUUUCCUAGAGGGGGACGGGGGCCUGGGCCCGACCCCUCGUGUUGGUUCGACCCAGACGUCAUCUGCAACGGAGGGGUGGAGCCCGGCGUCGUCUUUCUCGGCUUCCUCCUGGUGGUUUUGAUGGGGCUGACAGGGGCCUUCCUGGCCCAUUAUUUUAGGCACCGGCUACUUCACAUCCAAAUGGUCUCCGGCCCCAACAAGAUCAUCCUGACUCUGGAUGACGUCACCUUCCUCCCCCCGCAGAGGAGCAGCUCUCGGAAGGUGGCCCAGGGGAGUCGAUGGAGUCUGGCCGCCCGCAGCUUGUCAGACGUUCGCAGCAUCCACAGCCAGAGCCCGGAUUACACCAACAUUGGCCUCUAUGAGGGAGACUGGGUUUGGCUGAAGAAAUUCCCGGGGGAACAGCACAUAGCUAUCCGCCCAGCGACCAAGAUGGCCUUCUCCAAGAUCCGGGAGCUCCGGCAUGAGAACGUGGCCCUCUACCUGGGGCUCUUCCUGGCCGGGGGAGCUGGCGGUGCCGCGGCCCCCGGGGAAGGGAUGCUGGCUGUGGUCUCAGAGCACUGUGCCCGUGGCUCCCUCCAAGACCUCCUCGCUCAGAGAGACAUAAAGCUGGACUGGAUGUUCAAGUCCUCCCUCCUACUGGACCUCAUCAAGGGAAUAAGGUAUCUGCACCAUCGAGGCGUGGCCCACGGGCGGCUGAAGUCACGGAACUGCGUGGUGGACGGGAGGUUCGUGCUUAAAGUCACCGACCACGGUCAUGGGCGACUGCUGGAAGCGCAGAGGGUGUUACCGGAGCCUCCCAGCGCGGAGGACCAGCUAUGGACAGCCCCGGAGCUGCUUCGGGACCCGGCCCUGGAGCGCCGGGGAACGCUGGCCGGCGACGUCUUCAGUCUGGGCAUCAUCAUGCAAGAGGUCGUGUGCCGCAGCGCCCCUUACGCCAUGCUGGAGCUGACUCCCGAGGAAGUGGUGAAGAGGGUACAGAGCCCCCCUCCGCUGUGUCGGCCCUCGGUGUCCAUGGACCAGGCGCCCAUGGAGUGCAUCCAGCUGAUGAAACAGUGCUGGGCAGAGCAGCCGGAACUUCGGCCCUCCAUGGACCGCACCUUCGAGCUGUUCAAGAGCAUCAACAAGGGCCGGAAGAUGAACAUCAUUGACUCGAUGCUGCGGAUGCUGGAGCAGUACUCCAGCAACCUGGAGGACCUGAUCCGGGAGCGCACUGAGGAGCUGGAGCUGGAAAAGCAGAAGACAGACCGGCUGCUCACACAGAUGCUGCCUCCGUCUGUGGCUGAGGCGCUGAAGAUGGGGACACCUGUGGAGCCCGAGUAUUUCGAGGAGGUGACACUGUACUUCAGUGACAUUGUGGGUUUCACCACCAUCUCAGCCAUGAGUGAGCCCAUCGAAGUGGUGGACCUGCUCAAUGACCUCUACACGCUCUUUGACGCCAUCAUCGGCUCCCAUGAUGUCUACAAGGUGGAGACAAUCGGGGACGCCUAUAUGGUGGCCUCAGGGCUGCCCCAACGGAACGGGCAGCGGCAUGCAGCAGAGAUCGCCAACAUGGCUCUGGACAUCCUCAGUGCCGUGGGCACCUUCCGCAUGCGGCACAUGCCCGAGGUGCCCGUGCGCAUCCGCAUCGGCCUGCACUCGGGCCCGUGCGUGGCGGGCGUGGUGGGCCUCACCAUGCCGCGGUACUGCCUGUUUGGGGACACGGUCAACACCGCCUCGCGCAUGGAGUCCACCGGGCUGCCUUACCGCAUCCACGUGAACCGGAGCACCGUGGAGAUUCUCUGCGCCCUAAACGAGGGCUUCCAGACCGAGGUGCGGGGUCGCACGGAGCUGAAGGGCAAGGGCUGCGAGGAAACGUACUGGCUGGUGGGCAGACGCGGCUUCGACAAGCCCAUCCCCAAACCGCCUGACCUGCAACCGGGGGCCAGCAACCACGGCAUCAGCUUGCAGAGUAUCCCGCCUGAGCGGCGCCAGAAGCUGGAGAAGGCGAGGCCGGGCCAGUUUUCCGGAAAGUGAGGCUGGGCCUGGGACAAGGUACUACCCCCUUGGCUCCCACGCCCCACAGACCCCGGGGGCUACACACAUGCUUCCUGGAGGACGGGCACCUCUUCCCCAGCCUGAGGACCUAGCCCUGCCUGCCUGCAGAACGUCCCACUCAAGCCAGGUGUCCCCAUCCUUCUCUGACUUGGUGAGCCCAGGCUGGUUCCUAAACCCAGGGAUUUCCCAGCCACAGGGACCCUGGUUCGGUAGGUCUGGAGUGGGCCAGGAGUCCAGACUCGAGAAUGACUCUCCCCUACUGAGGUGAACCCCCGUGACCCCUUUCCAUGGUUUCCCUCUGAAACACUCCUCUCUCCCUCAGGAUUAUUCCAGAAGGUCCUUUUCCUGAAAGUUGCUGCUGUAGGUGACCAAAAGUCUGGCUAAUACCAGUGGCUUCCGUCCAGCUCUGCCUCAAAGGAUUCUGAGCCUUUGCAAGAGCUGGUUGCAAACCAGCUGUGUGACCCUGGGAAAGUCUCAUGCACUCUCUGGGCUUGGUUUCCCCUCCGUGGUAAAAUGAAGAGUGGCCUACCUAGGUGGUUUCCAUACCCUCCGGCCCUGACAGCUGGCCUUCAGAAUGGUUGGCCUUGGGGUACAGGGCACUGGGCACGUGGCCUCCAGCCCCAGUGACCCUGAGCCCAUCAGAAAGGCCCCAGGAAGGAGGAUCUGGGAUUGGAUGCCCCAACCCCAGAGGAGGUGGAGACCACCUAUUCCACCAGAGCAGGGGUGUCGUGUGGCCUGAGGAUUUGAGGGCUUCUCCAUCCCCCUCCUUCUUCUGUGGCAUAACCACAUACUUUGCCCAAGUGCAGAGAAAAGCUUGUUGCAAAGCUUUGGGGAAACGAAGGUAAACAAACUCCAUAAAACCUCUCCUAACCAGAACACCCAGGAAUAGUAGUAUUCUCUGUUUAACCGGGCGCCGCUGAGCAGGCAGUUGAACAGAAAAUCCUCCCAGCUUAGAUCUUUGCGACAAGUAUCAACCCCUCCCAUCCCAGUAAGUCCCCAGGUAAAGCUUCUUUUGUGGAACUCUGAUGUCCCAGAGCCUGAGCCUUGGCAUAUUGGACUCUGGGUGGCCUUCGCCAUUGCUGCAGAACCUGGCAGAAGUUAGCAGCAGCUGUAGCCAACGCAGGCUGUCACUAGGUGGUGAGCCUCCAGUCCCUGGAGAUGUGCAAGCAGAACUGGAGACCUCUUUGAGCAGGGAGAGAACGGUCAGAGGGACUUCCUAGGCGGAAGGAUGAACUAAAUCCUCACCACACAGUGUGGUAGGUAGGCCAGCAGCAGCGACAUCGCCUGGGAGCUUGUUAGCAACGCAGAAUCUCAGGCCCAGGCGUAUUGCAACAGAAUCUACACCCUAACAGAGUUCCUUCAGAGUAUUUCUAUGCACGUUAAAGUUUCUGAGUCAGAGAACUAAAGGAUCCUAGGAUCCCUAAAAUCUCAGAACUGCUAAGAUUUCAUAAAAACCAGCCUAGAAACUAGCCCUGAGACUUGUUUCGUUUGAUCAAUGAAGUGGUUUUGUUUUUGUUUUGAGCUAACAUUUAGAAAUCAAGAGGUACCACAUUGUAAACAUGGCUGCCAAAUUUCCCUCUUCUCUGAAAUCAAAGCCCCGCAGGGGCGAUUGCUGACUUCCUGCUGGAGCGAAAGAGCAACCGUCCCCACGUCCCGUCUCUCCAGGGUUUCGCUUUUCUGUUCUCACCACGGGGAGUGGAGUGCCCACCACUCCCCGUGGACUCCGAGACACCAAGAUUUUCUGAACAUCUCUUAUGUACCUGUCCAGAGCCUGUAGACGUUAGACCUCAGGACUCUGGAGUAGCUGAUGUUAGGAUUACAGGCACUGCUGGAGAUCGCUUUGCCUGGCUCGUAAAGUCCACAAGUUCAAUGGUCUGCCCCUCCUUCCUAAAGGUAGAGGAAGAACAGACAAGAUACCUAGAAUCCAGCACUUGUAGGUUCUGGUUACUAAGGUGGUGCUGCUAUAGUGAGUAAUAUAGUAUAAUUUAAAGAACAUUUUUAACCGAGUUCAGAGAUGAUGAAUUAAAGAUUUUUUUAAAAACCCU